GGUUGUAUCAACAGGAUGACCAGAGAAGAACUCAGAAGUAAACUUGCAGAGUUCAAGCUUGAAACCAGAGGAGUGAAAGAUGUGCUGAAAAAGAGACUCAAAAACUAUUACAAGAAACAGAAACUGAUGCAGAAGGAACCCGUUAACGGAGACAGCUACUAUGACUACAUCUGUGUUGUCGACUUUGAAGCAACAUGUGAAGAAGGAAACCCACCUGAAUUCAUACAUGAAAUAAUUGAGUUUCCUGUUGUCUUACUAAACACACAUACCUUGGAAAUAGAGGAUACCUUUCAGCAAUAUGUGAAGCCAGAAAUUAAUCCCAAGCUUUCAAACUUCUGUAUCAGUCUGACAGGAAUCACCCAGGACAUUGUUGAUAAAGCUGAUAAAUUUCCUCAAGUUCUGCAGAAUGUGGUAGAGUGGAUGAGACAGCGAGAACUGGGAACAAAGUAUAGCUAUUGCAUGUUGACGGACGGAUCUUGGGAUAUGAGUAAAUUUUUGAACAUCCAGUGCCGUGUUAGUCGUAUCAAAUACCCUUCUUUUGCCAAAAAGUGGAUCAAUAUUCGCAAAUCAUAUGGGAACUUCUAUAAGGUUCCUAGGAAUCAGACCAAGCUGACAAUCAUGCUUGAAAAGCUGGGCAUGAAUUAUGAUGGCAGACCUCACAGUGGACUUGAUGACUCCAAAAACAUUGCAAGGAUAGCUGUAAGGAUGUUGCAGGAUGGCUGUGAACUGCGGGUGAAUGAGAGAAUGCAUGCUGGACAGCUUAUGACAGUCUCCUCCUCGGCUCCGGUAGAGGGAGCCCCUGCUCCACAAAUGCCUCGAUGCAGAAACUAACAGUUCGGGGACUCUG